AAUGAAAAGUGCCAAAUUUUGAUGAGUCUCUUCUCUAAUCUGCGAAAAGCAAUAAUCUUUGGGAAACUUUCCCUCCGUAUAAAACCCGAACUCCGCCUGCCUUUCCUCCCCGAUUUUUCGGGCAGCUCAAUUUCCUUCUGGGUCGACCUCCCUCGCCAUUGAACAUCUCACCGAUAUCCUUCUUCUUCUUCUUCUUCUUCUUCUUCUGCUUCUUCUACCUGAAAUCCUCGAUCGGAUCAAACCCCUCCUCUCCUCGAUUCGGCCAAUCGUCAUCUUUCUCUCAAAUAUGGCGCACCGAUUUCAUUUCUAGAACUUUCCUUGGAUUUCCCGAAAUUCUUGGGACCCUAAUCGGCCGUCCCGAGCUCGCCUCCUCCGAUGGCUAUUCGGGUCACCUUCACCUACUCCGGCUACAUCGCCCAGAACCUUGCCUCCGUCCGAACCAGCAACUGCCGCCUCUCCCAAGAAUGCUGCAUCCUCUCCCGCCUCUUCGGGUCCAAGAAGCCCGACCAUGAUCCCUCCCCCAUGAGGCGGGCUCCUUCCCGCCACCCCGCCGCUUACAGCACCAUCGCCGGAGAAAUCUUCGGUGGCGGCUGCGGGAGCCCGGUUGUAGAGGGCAUGGUCUCGUUGAUGAGAAGUCUGACCUGUGGCUCGCUGGGGCCGGGCUGCACCACGGGGACGGGCUUCGGUGCUUGCGGGAUUUCCCCGAUCCGGGUCGCCUCGAUCAUGCCCUUCUUCCAGGGGGCUAAGUGGUUGCCCUGCAACGAGGCGGCAUUGCCGGGGCUCAUCAGCAGCACAUUUACGACCGAGUAUGCUGAUACAGAGGAGGAGAGUGAUGAUAGGAGGGAGAGCUUUGAGAAGAAGUCAGGCAGUAGUGGGUCGGGGCCGGGUUCCAGUUGGUGGUUUUCGAGGUGGUUUGGGGUACGGUCCGAGGAUGCAAAGGCGGCGGUCACGGCUCUAACAGUGAGCCUGCUGUUCAAGUCGUCUCUUGCAGAGGCGAGAUCGAUCCCUUCUGCCUCCAUGUCCCCGACUCUUGAUGUGGGUGAUCGUAUUUUAGCUGAAAAGGUAUCAUAUAUGUUCAGAAAGCCUGAGGUUUCUGAUAUAGUGAUAUUCAAGGCGCCUCCGAUCUUGCAGCAAUUGGGCUAUGGCUCAGCUGAUGUGUUCAUAAAAAGAAUCGUGGCGAAGGGGGGCGAUCAUGUGGAAGUACGUGAUGGUAAACUAUUGGUGAAUGGUGUUGAAUGCAAUGAGGAAUUCGUUCUGGAACCGCUUGCUUAUGAGAUGGAACCAAUGCUUGUGCCUGAAGGUUAUGUUUUCGUGAUGGGAGACAAUCGCAACAACAGCUUUGACUCCCACAAUUGGGGCCCGCUUCCGGUCAAGAACAUCCUGGGUAGAUCGUGGUUCCGCUACUGGCCUCCUUCUGAGAUAUCCGAUGAAUCACAAACCGGGCAGAAAGCGAUUACAGGCUCGUGAUACACGACUGUCAAGUGGUCAAGCCAUAACCUCUUGCUGCUGAGGAAGAAGGAUUUUUGUUCUUUUCUUUUUAGAUUUGUAGAUGGUGAAUUUAUAUAUUCGUCUCGAUUCUUUUGUUCUCUUGUCGUCGAAUUGCUUAGUCCGAUAUUGUGCUGUUUUGGAUGGUUCAACUCAUUGAUUCCCCAUCCUUUUCGAUAUAAAAUAAGAAGAAACUUGCAGAUGAAUUGCAUCUCU